ACCUGGAAAAUAAAACAGGAGGAACAAGGAGAGUUGAUUGAAGAAAAAGAGGAGAAUAAAGAAUCAAGUGAAGUUGAGGAGACAAAUCAUGUCAAAACUGGAGAAAAACCUUUGAGUUGCUCUCAAACCAAACAGAAAGAUUUAAAGAAAACAAGAGCCAAUAAAUCUUUCACCUGCACUCAGUGUGGAAAGAGUUUCACACACAAAUAUGGUCUUGAGCGUCACAUGAGAAUUCAUAUAGGAGAGAAGCUAUUCACUUGUGAUCAGUGUGGGAAGAGUUUCACAGAAUCAGCAACCCUUAAGGUACACAUGAACAUCCACACUAGAGAGACGCAGCACACAUGUGAUCAAUGCGGUAAAAUGUAUUUAUGGGCUUCAGUUCUGAAGAAACACUUGAAAGUUCAUACAAAGAAGAAGCCACAUUCAUGUAAUUUGUGUGGUAAUAGUUUUUUGCGUCCACAAAAUUUGAAAGAACAUCAGAAAAUACAUACGGCUGUGGGAGAGUACAUGUGCUUUGAGUGUGGAAAGACUUUUACUUCAGCGAGCAGUUUAAAACUGCAUGAGAGGAUUCACACUGGAGAAAAACCUUAUAAGUGUUCACACUGCGACAAGAGAUUCAGUCAGUCAAUACAUCGGAAAACACAUGAGAGGAUCCACACUGGAGAGAAACCUUAUAAGUGUUCACACUGUAACAAGAGAUUCAAUCAUUCAACACAUCUGAAAACACAUGAGAUGAUCCACACUGGAGAGAAACCUUAUAAGUGUUCACACUGCAAUAAGAGAUUCAAUAAGUCAGGAGACCUGAAAACACAUGAGAGGCUCCACACUGGAGAGAAACCUUAUAAGUGUUCACACUGUGACAAGAGAUUCAAUCAGUCACCAAAUCUGAAAACACAUGAGAGGAUCCACACUGGAGAGAAACCUUAUAAAUGUUCACACUGUGACAAGAGAUUCAAUCAGUCAACACAUCUGAAAACACAUGAGAGGAUUCACACUGGGGAGAAACCAUAUCACUGCACUGCAGGUGGGAAGAGUUUCAUUCAAUCAUCUGCUUUACACAGUCUUACAAAAAAACAAUAACAGUAAGGCCCAUCCACACGGAGACACAUUUAGCUUUAUACAUAAAUAUUUUGUAUCGUAAUGCCAUUUUUCCAGAUGGAUCCAGUGUUUUAGUAGCCUGAAACCACUAUUUUUUGCAAAUGGGUCCCAGAGUGGAUAAAUCUGAAAAUGACACCUUUGCGUUUUGUGUGUACAGCCAAUCUGUAUAUUUUGUGAAACAAUGAUGUCAUCACCUGAUGUCUCGACCCUAGUCAGACACCGCUACAUCACGUAACAACAACAACAGCGGUGGACUGGACUACAUGCUUGUGUUUAUGCUGCAGAAGCUACUGUAUAUUAGCUUUACUAUAUUAGCUUUACUAACUUUACUAGCUUUUUUGUUGUUGUGAUGGGUUUGGAUACGGCGCACAAGGUUUAUAAACAUGAUCCAAGUCGUCUUCUCCAUUUUUAAUGUAUCUCUGUGGCAGAAUUACAGUGCCACAUACUGGUCUUGCAUGUAUACUACAUCAUUUUGAGUCGGUUUCAGUGGUUUCUUGUGUACGCAGAUGUUUCUUGAGACGCCAUGUUUACGAAAGAAAAA